CAAGAGCUGCAUCGACGACAUACAAGGCCCAGACAUGGCUCACAACAACACUUACAAAAGCUACAAAGCCGGCACAACGAAAGUCACGACAUGGCUCGUCGACAACGCUCUUCGAUGCAAAGCCGAAGUAGACCUGCCAAGCACAUCACCGCCAGCAGCCGCGAAGGCCGGCAAGCCAAAGUACAUCAUUGCCGUGAAUCAAUACAAGCCAAUGGCAGAGGCCAUCUCCGCCUCUACUGAUCCCAAGAUUCGCGUUCCUCGAGCAAUCCUCUCGCUUCUGCGGGAUGUCAUAACCUUGCGCAAACGAGCCGCCCAGUUUUUCAAGAAAAUCACUGCGACUAGACGUCGUCCUGCAGAUGAGAUCAAAAACGAAGGUCACCAGCACUUUAUCUCCAUUCUUGAGGAUGUUCUCCGCACUCUGAGUCCAGGAAAUGCCGCGCCAAACGCCUCCGAUGCCACGGAGCUGACGAAUCUAUUCGAGGCAUUGAACGUGGAAGAAUUGCAGUCUGAGGCUACCGAGCCUCAAGCCAAGCAGAAGCCACUGGUCGAUGCUGAUUGCGAGCCCGAGCCCGACGAUUUUGACCACGUUUUGGCCAUUUUCGCAUUCUUCGAAGACCUCCAAGCCUUGCGGAAGCAUGUCCAGGCCUUGUGGCUAGACUAUCGCUGUGGAAAUGUGGACAUCAUGAGUGCCGCUGUCACGACUGAUACGGCAUUCAACAUGGUCAAACGUAGCUGCAACGAGCUGAUCUCUUCACCAGAAUUUCAUGCUAUGAGACAGACCCUUCCCACCGAUAUGCUCGAGGCAUUUGGUCUGAAAGGCAGUCCGGACUAUCUCUUGCUAUUGGCAUUUUUGGUAGAUGCCAUUGGCGGCGAUCCCCGGAAAGUGCCUGAGUGGGCUUGCAUGAGCACCUCUAGUUGGCUUGCGAACUUUGCUGAUGUCCUUCAUCCUCAUCGUGUGCCGGUCUUGAGACCUGGCCAUUACGGCGUCUAUGAGCCCAGACGAGACAGAACAAAGCUCUCAGACAAAGAGCAAGAGCGUGAGGACUUGAUUGUCACGAUGGAACUCCUACCCGAGUUCGUGAGAAUUUCACGCACAAGCGCCUACGUGCCGGCACAGGAUGAACUCACAGCGGGUCUCCGCAAGAUGAUGGAUGCUUGCAAGGCCGAAGCACUUCCAAUGUAUGCGAUAUUCUGUUUCGAGAUAUUGCUCGACAUUCAUCACGUCUUACGUGAGCACGCCUCACGGCCCUUCAGCCAAUUGCAAGGUACCGCAAAGCGGGUGGUCGAUACGAUUGACGAAUACUUCCGGCUAUCUCGCCACAAGUUCAUCGAGACUUGGUCUCCUCAGAACGAUGAAUACCUACGAAUGUUGAGCUCUCAAGCAAAAAACUGGGUUCUAUCCGACAUGCUUGCAAAAGUCCCUGUCUCAGGCCCCGGCGCUGAAGUCAAGCCGCAACCAUUUCAUCUCCUGAAAAACCACCCAGUCCUUGCAGGUCUCAUGGUCUUCAAUCUUAAUCUCCAGCUUCAAGACGUUGGUAUCACACUUUGUAACGCGUGGGGCUCGGUCUUGUAUCCCGCUCAUCUCUACAAUGCUGUUCGCCAGAGCACUGAUAUCGACUUGACUUGGAAGGAUAUGGAAUAUUUGCUACAGCUCCACACCGCCAAACGUCUUUUCGUCGGCGCUCCUCCCACAGAGCCCUCAGAGUACCACAAGCGCUUUCUCCUGGCUCUCGGCGGCAGCGCAGUAAACUUUGCUCGUAAUCGUCGUGCCGGAGGCCGCUCUAUUAUUGUUGAGUCGAAGAGAGGCCCACGAGGCCUCAAGACGACCACACCUGUGCGCGAUGCUUUUGAGUCAAGAUACGUCCGGAACGAGACUGCCGCACUCACGAGACCCAAGCUUGUUGCAAUGCUAGCAGUUGCUACCAAAGCCGAACGUGUAGCGCCACCGUCCAUCGAUCUACAAGCCUUCUCUAAGGAAGUUCUUGCUCAGCAGCACUUCACUGCCAUUCAGACCUUACAGAUCGUGCGGGAGAGUGUUGCCGGCGAAGAACUUCACCUCCUAUUCAACUACUUCGACAUGCACUUCCGCGGCUGGAAGCUUCUCGGUACCCUUCAAACACACUUGCAUGCGCAGAUGGUGAAUUAUUUCGGCUCGAAUUGGAUCGAAAAUGAGUAUGAACUCCCCUACAUCGUCGGCUAUAUCUUCGAAGUCGUUCGAGGCUCCGCACGUGUGGCGGAGGAUCUUCGACUGCAGAAUCAUGGAAGCCAGCUUUUGCACAAGGCAGGUGACGUCCUUUCGACUUGGCUGGGAGAGGAGUUGUCGAAGAACAGCUCGAGUGGUAUCAUGCAAGCGAAGGCUCUGACUAGUUCGAUCGUCUUCGCAUAUCAGAAUGGACUGCUUGAGAGCUUGGCGCAAUAAAGCUGGCUAUGCACAACGAAUCAGCUCCAUCGGCAUCCCGAUGGCGUAUGAAUGCCAUGAAACUCACACAACCGCAACCCGAAUCUCAUCUGCUGUAGAAGCGCACCUUCUCUCUUCUCAGUCACCAUAUUCCCUUGGACACAGCAUACCGGACGGCGAGGGGCCACGUUCCGCAUUAGAAAUCCAGGACUCUUCCCUCGACUGUAAGAAGAAAAAACCUAUAGCUAC